UUAUGAUUGGUCUAAAGAUUGGCAGCCACUGCUGCUUUGCAGGUCGUCUGUGGCACUGCGAAGUUUUUUAAUAUUUGAUUGUAUAAUGGCCGGCAGUUCACAGGACAAUUCCCAGUGGCUGUCUGUCACAGAAGAAACGCUUUUUCUGCACGAUGGAUUAAUUCGAGUGACAGAUCUUGUUGAACUGCCCCAUGAUGUUAGUUCUGUUAGUGAUCAUGAAGUUGUAACUUUCGAUUCAAAGAGCCCAGAAGAACUGAGUGAAAAACUAAAAACUGUCUGUGGAACGCAGAACAAUGCAUAUACGAGACUUUUAGAAUAUAGACUUAACGCCCUGAGAGGUCUUUGGAAUGCUCAACGCCAAAUUGCGAUAGAAGAACAGAAUGAGAGAAAUAUCUCGACACACGAAGAAACCAUACAACUGCUGAAAAAACAGGGGUUGUGGAAAGAACCUGAGCAAGCUUCAUUCUCAACAAGAGUUAGCCUGCUUUUGGUACUGCCCUUGCUACAGUCUCAGAGUAAAGUAGAUGCAGAACUUUGUGGGGUGACAGCACAGCUGCUGUUAAACUGCCUGCGUGACUGUGCACCUUUGUCUUUAUCAAAGGAACCAGCUGAUUGCUUAAAUGGCAUAGAGCAAUUAUUGUGUGGUUGGCUAGAAGAGGGAUCAAAGGCAGGGAAUGUGGAGGUUGCACAGAUGGAAACAGCAGCCUCAGCACUAGUUGCUUUAGCAUGUGCAAGGGGGCACCCAAAGACAUUUAUCCAUACCAUCCACUUGCUGCAGAACCUAUCUCCACUGGGCUACCUCCCUGUGGCAGACAUUCUCCAGAAGCUGCUCAGUGUGGAAGGAGGCCAGGCUCAACCCAGUGCUGUGCUAGGCAGCAAACAUAUAGUUUGUUGGGGAGUGGAGGACAUGCUGGGGACAUCUGACAAAGAUACUCAAGAGAGAGAGAAAGAUAAAGAUGCAGUAGAUCCAUCCAGAAGUAUCACCUGUGAUGGAAAGUUUCUCUACACCACCAGUUCUACUGGUAAAGGUAUUGCAAAGAUAGGAACAGGGCUCCAUGGCACUCUAAGGGGUUACAUAUAUGCACGUAACCCUGAUAUUGGUCCAGGUAUGCUAGCUUAUGGAAAUGGUCAGUUACUACACAGACCUACUUCUUAUGAUCAAGAAAAGGAAUCCAAGAACUUUGCUCAACAUAUUGACUCAUGCACUUUAUUGCCAAUAUCAGUCAUCCCAUUACCUGAGCAGUAUGAUGAUCCAUCUUUGUCUGGAGGUGUUACUACAACAGUUGGGUUUACCAGUGAUAGUAUGACCUUCUACUGGAUCUGGUGUCCAGGAAGUCUCAAUGACAAAAGCAGCAAGGGACAGAGUGUGAACUUAGAAGCAUUUAAAUAUAAUCCUGACUCAAAUGAAGUACUUCCCAUGAAGCCAAGUAGGUCCUUACAGCGUAAAGAUGAAAACACAGGGAAAAGCAUCAAUGAGACUCUGCUAUCCAGACUGAGGCCGUAUAGGUCUGCUGCCUCAGCUCACGCAACACUGGUAGCACUGACAGGGGGUGACCCACUUCCAGGGAGGAAAGAGGAACAGAAUGUAAACACAAGCAUUGGAGUUCCAGUAAAGACUCUGGUGCGCACUCCUGUGUACUGUGAUGGGACAACCGUAGUGUGGCUGAACCCGAUCCCUGGUAGUAACAACAGCAGUGCUGCCAGGUCACUGUUUGGGUCAGGAGGUGCUCUUGGGGGUCUUAGAACCCUUGCCAACAAUGUGUGUUUCAACUUGUCUGAUGGCCAGUAUAACACAAGAUCAGACUUGAUUGAUGCACCAACUUGUGCUUUAGCAAGAGGAGCCUCUGUACUUGGAUUAGGUAUUUGCUAUGAUGCCUUUAACAACAUGAUCUGGACCUUCACCAAUGACUGGGUGGACCAGUUUUACAACCCAGGCCACCAGGCUUCACAUCUGGUACUCACAAGACUGGGGAUAGACCCAAAUGACAAGAAUGAAACACCAGAAGAUAAUGCCCUAAGUUCAAAUGAUGUGAUCCGGAAACUGUUGCAGCAUGUAGGCUGCAUGUGUAUCCACCAGAUCAACAAUGAUCUGCUCCACACUCCCCUUGGAAGUUACAUACUUCAGCAAGACCACGUAGACUUGAUGUACAUGGAAAGGGUGUGUGAUAUUUUGGAAAAAGCUGUAGCAGAAGGUGACAGUGGGAUAAUACGAUGUAGCUUGAUAGUUUUUCAGCUGAUGUUUAAGCUUAACUUGUUCAAAAGGGACAGAGAGAAAGAGGUGCAGUUGGUGGAGAGGACCAGUCAGUUGGUGUGGAAAGUAUUGAUGAACAAAGAGAUGGAGGAGUCUAUACAAAAAGAGAGCUGCACUUUACUGAGUUUUGGAUUGAAAGUAUUUUACCCAACACCAGCUGACAGAAAUAAUCUUCUCUAUAACCUCCUCACUGAAGAUAAAGGCAAUGCGGGGUUAGAACACCUGAGAGAUUUGAUACUGGUGGAUUUAGCUGACCAACUUAGAAGCCAGGCAUUAGACAGUGCUGAAGUGAAAAAUGCCAGACUGACAGGAGAAUUGAUACAGCUUAUUUUGAAGUUUGCUGUGAAGGAAUCCUGUGUUCUUCUGAGACAGUGCCAGUCAAAAGAUAGAAGCAAGUUUGAUGAGAUCCUUUCUGUGGUACCUUUGGCCUCCCCCAGCCUGCAGUACUUCAUGGCCUUACAGUGUCACUUACUGAGGUCUGCUGUUCUCUACAAGACUGAAGAUGCUGAGGAAGGCAACAAGAAGGAAGAGAAGCCAAAAGAGAAAUUGGAAGAAAUUCAGGUUGCAUUGUUGAACUAUGCCUCCAUGGUGCUAGGUGGAGCAUAUGAGGUGCUGGAAGUAUUGUUAGAGACCUGUAACUCCAUCAUCAACAACAGGACUUCUGACUUAGAGUACAGACUCCAGGGUCUGGAGAGGGUGUGCAAGGCCACCAUUUUGGGUCACCUGCUCCCUGUGCUCAUCACUGCCAUGAACCACUACAACCUCCGGUGUUUGUCCAUGGCAGAUUCCCUCAUGUCUCAGCUGGUGCAGCUGGUAGUCUUGACUAGUCAGGCUGCAUUACUAAUGAAGAGCCAGGUACAGGCCAUUGGGCAGGAAGAGGACUUGGAUGUCAGCACAGACAGUGAUGGGGGAGAACUUGUACUAAUAGAACCUACAUUGAGUGCUGAGAGUUUGGAGAACAUGGAAGAGGAAGAGCAAGGCUUCCUAGCAGGACUUAAGAUCCCUGCUCCGUGGGCCACUGGUAAAACAUUGGAGUCCAUCCAUCCUGUCCGAGAUAACUACAAGUACAAGGAGACAGUGACAAUACCUGGGGCAAGGUGUCUGUACCUUAGAUUUGACCCAAGAUGCUCCUCACAGUAUGACUAUGACAAGCUGGUUUUGUAUGCAGGACCAACUACAAACUCUCGUAAAGUGUCUGAGUAUGGAGGAAACACAAUGGGCUAUGGAAGCAGGAGUGUUCUGGGGGCAGGCUGGCCAAAAGACUUGGUCAAGGUUGAUGGUGAUACAGUUACAUUGUCAUUUGAGAUGAGGAGUGGCAGAGAACACAAUACUCCGGACAAAGCUAUGUGGGGUUUCAUGGUCACUGUCAGGGCUCAGGAAUCUACAGAAGAAGUAUCCAGUGGCCUCCCAUUUCUAGCUGACCUUGCCUUGGGGCUCAGUGUACUGGGCUGUACCAUGCUGCACUUACUUUAUCAAGGCCCAGAGAAAACCAAAGAUGAAACAGCUUGUGAACAUUUGCUCAAAUCAAAGCUGCUACAGAGAUGUGUAUGGAGGCAGGAGGGUCCUAGCAGCCCAAUAAAAAGGCGUUUCCUUCCCUGUGACACCAGUAUUGCUAUACCAGAAGGAAUAGAACUGGACAUAAAUGAACAACAGAAGCCAAGCAGUACCGUGUACACUUUGGCCAGAAUCAAAUUACCUGCUGAUAUUGUGACAAGACUGAGAGAGUUGUCUGGAAAAUCACCCCCGCAUAUAAGACCAAGCAUCAGACAAGUGUUACAGCCAGAAGUGUUGGAGGAGGCUAUAUUAUCUGCCACAGUGAAACAUUUGGGACUUGAGAAUACCAUUCACCAGCUGGUUACACUGCAAGAACAGCAGAAUGAUGAGUACUGGCUGCUGCAGGAUAUCAUGUCAGAACUUUUUAAGAAAAUUGACUCACUGGCAAGGCAGCUCCAGAGUGUGUCAGAAUUGGAACAGAAGUGGGAAAUGGAAGUAGAAGAAAUCAGGCAAGGUCUGCAAAAACCUGAAGCUGCUUUCUUUGCAGAUUAUUAUCUUGUGGAGAGCAAAACAAAAGAAUUAGCCAUGCUAUGUUACAUUAAGGACAUACAGUUUGAUGGGACAAAUGCUGAAGCAGCUGUUAAUGCCCUUAGGGAAAAACUAGAAGCUAGUGUUGCCAGUGACAAAAGUGAAGAGGCUCAGGAAAAGAUGCCCAAGACCAAAGCACUUGUGGCAGGGUUGUUAGAGAGGUUAAGCCUUCUACUACAAGUGAAUAUCCCUCCUGACCCCAAAAAGCCAGCAUUACUGAGGAAUCUUUCUCUUGUACCUGAGACCAGCUCUCCUCAGAUGGUAAAUGCCAUGAUAAGAUCAGACACAGACAUUGUCAAGACCAGCCCUCCCUAUGGCAGGUCCCACUCUGCUCCUUCAGAAGUAUUGGAUGACAGUGUUAUUGAGAUUGUUAAGUUGCAAAGGAAGAGGCAUGCUCACAAGAAAACUGCCAGCAUUCUACAGGACUUAGUAGAGGAUGACAGCAAGGAUAAACCACCUUAUGUUGUGUUAAUUGACCUUCUCUUUUCCUUCAUGGGUAGCAAUCCUGAACAGGCUGUUUCUUGUGAAAGCUUCUUAGCAGCAGCCAAGGUGAGGUGGAAGAGAGGUCAGACACGCAGGCAAGCUUUAGUUCACAUGAGGGAGUUGCUGACUGCAGCUUCCAGAGUAGGGGGUGCUACACAUUUGGUGGCUGCUGUGACUUCUGUCUUGCAACAUGGACCCAGGAUAUCUGAACUGACAUGUGGAGGCAUGGUGAAUCAAGUACGUGAUGCCUUUGCAGAGACUAUGACAGCUGUGGUUCAGCUGGCAGCCAGAUAUCCCAUUGCAUGCUGUAACAGCAUUGGACUACUCUGUAUCAUUCCAUAUACAAGGGCUGAGGAGAAGUGUUUGGUGCGCUGUGGUUUGGUUCAUCUUUUAGAUAAGUUGUGUAGUCUAAGUAACUGCCGUGGUGACACCUCCAGCACAGACAGUCAGUCCACCAGACAGAAGGUGUCUGCCAUGGCCUGGGCAGGGUUCCAAGUGCUGGCUAAUAGAUGUGUCAUGUGGGAGCAGGAAGAAGGCAUGUAUCCUGAUGAACUAGAGCAUUCAGGGCUGGCAAGGCAGGUAUCUGUGCUGCUCACUAACCACCUGGCUAGAGCCACAGAGGGCAGUGGAAAUGAAGCAGCAGGGAAUGAGGCUCUGCAAGAGGUUCUUAGUCUCUUAAACAAUCUGUCCAGAAGCAGAAUGGGCAGGGCCAUCCUCAGUCAGCCAGCUUGUGUGUCCAAACUGCUGUCUUUAUUACUGGAUCAAAGACCAUCUCCCAAACUGGUUCUAAUCAUCCUGCAGCUGUGCAGAGUGGCCCUCCCCUUGAUGAGUGCAGAUGACUGUGAAAAUGUAGAACUCUCCACUUGGGGAAGAAACCUGCCUGCAGCUUUAGUUGAUGAUGAUGAUGCUUCAUCUAUCAAAAUAACCAGUUUAUUAUUAGCCAAACUUGGAGAUUUUAUUGUACCAGGAGGUAAUGUGACCACAUUCAGCCACCAGCCCUCUCUGGAUGGCUCUGGAGCAAGAGGUGCAUCUGGCCAUGACAGGGACAAGAGAGAUGAUGCUGACAUGCAGGAUGGAAGACUGUCCGUAUUUGUGCACAAAAGAGAUGAUCAGUCUUCUCAUGAGGUCAUUCAGCCACUACUUAGCUCUGAUAGUAGACCUUUCCGACUUGGAGGUGGUGCCAAUAUGGAAAGAGUUGUCAAGAUGGACAGAGAAAUGUCAAGGACUGGUAAAGCUGAGAUCACAACAGAGGAGGCCAGUUCAGCCCUGAGGAAGGCUGCUAAAUGGGCUCAGAUGGGUCUGAUAGUCAGCACAGGACCUCCUGUGGACAGCCAAGCCCCAGAGACCGCUGCUGUGGACAAGAAAAAACAGGCUUUUGAAGUCACUUGUAAAGAAAAGAAUUCAGAAUUAGCCAGAACUGAUCCAGUGAGGCCAUUCAUCAGUGGACAAGUUGCCAACAGUAUGGCAGCAGAAGUGAUAGCUCUGUUACACUGUCUUCUCACAGCCCCAGAGACUCACACUGCUCAAGUUUGGGCAACAGCUGUCAGAAAGGUGCUGACCAAUGCCUUGGAAUACCUGCCCAGCCUGAUCAACUCUGUGGAGAACAUAGGCUCUCCCAGGUUUAACCAGCAUGAGAUCAUGGACAUGGCCAAACAGGCCAAUGCAGCUCUGGCAGCACUCGGAGGGUUCACAGAGACCAUUAAGCCAGGAUGUGAAGUAGAGAUUACUGGAGCAGGAAUAGAGCACUGUACAGGGACAGUAUUGAGUGUGUCAGAGGAGACCGGCCUGGCAGCUGUGACUAUGGCUCCCCUUCCAUCUGAGGACUCCGACAACCCAGCAAGAUAUGGGGACACAGUUUCUGUACCUGUUCGAAGAUUAAAGCCACCUAGAAAUGAGCCACUCCCAUUACACCAGCUGUCUAUGACUGAUGCCAUAGUGGCUGCUGUGCAGUGCUUGCUGCUGCCCCAGAACACCUCCAGCUCCCCUCUCUCUCAGGCACUGCCAAUGCAUGGAGAUGGCAACAGCCUGGCUAACCAGUCUUGUAGGGUUGUGGCAGAAAUAAGAACACGAGCUUGUAUGGUGUUAGCCAACUAUCUGAGGGACAUCACAUUCACUAGCUCUUUCAUCCAGCACUCCAGUGCUGCCAUAGAUAUCCUGAAGUCCCUGUCUAAGGACUGUGGCAGUGGUGACAGGAAACAGGUCAUUGAGAGUCAGUGUGACAGGCUCAGAAUGCUCUAUAGAGACUGUGCAAAGCCACCACUACCUCCUAACAAGGCAGAGGUUAAAAAUAACAAGGAGAUCACAUGGGACACAUCCAGGUCGUUCCCAACAGUGAGGUCCUGUAUGUUCACUCAAGGCCAGACCACCGUUAACUUCCUGGGAGACCCAAGUGCUGGCAGUGGGCUGCCUAGAGGAGUCUUUAUUUAUGCCAACCAACCAGUGCCGUAUCUGGCACCUUCUUUCUAUUGGGAAAUAGAGAUAUGCUGUGUAGGUGAUCCACAAGAAGAGAGUGGGCCAACUAUUUCUUUUGGGUUUGCUCCAGCUGCUGAGAAGAAAGAUGGGGCUUGGACUAAUCCUGUUGGCACCUGCCUAUUUCACAACAAUGGAAGAGCAGUGCAUUACAAUGGCUCUAGCUUGCUACAGUGGAAAAGUGUACGCCUGGAUGUAACAUUGAAUGCGGCAGAUGUGGCAGGCUGUGGCUGGGAGAGGACAGAAGAGUCAGCACCAUUACCAGGGCAACAGGUCAAGGGUCAAGUAUUCUUUACUUUUAAUGGAAGACGUCUGCCUGCCACAAUGGAUGAUGUCUCGAGUGGAAUGUGGCCUGUUGUACACAUACAAAAACGGAACACCAAGAUUAAAGCCAACUUUGGAGCAAAACCAUUUGCUUAUGCUGAGGGUCGAGAACACAGAGAUGCUGCAGAUGAGUGUUCUGACAUUAGCCGUGAGAUACAGGAGAUGUUUGAGGUCCUUCCUUUCCAUAUAACAUCAGAUAGUGACAGCGAAACCCAGACCACUACAGGCACUGCCACUCCUGACUCCAGUGCAGAGGUGGGUUCUCCUCCAGGUCCUCCUUGUAGGCUUGGGGCAGCACCCAAGGCAUCAAGAGAAUAUAACACGGAGAGCUCUUUGAACUUCAAGCUGUUGCCAAGCUAUGAUAACUUCACCUUUACCGGGCCUGACUCUAGGACCCAGCAGGCUAACCAUGAUGAUGAGUCUGAUAUAGAGGACAGCCAGGAUGACCAGUCUACAGAGGACCACUAUGCCUUGCUGGUCAAAGCCUGGGAGCAGAAAGUGUUCCCUACCAUCAGGAGAAGGUUUAGGAAUGAGGCGGAGAGGAAAGAUGGCUUAGAACAAAUAAAAGGGGCUUUACAGCUUGGAAUGACGGACAUAGCAAGACAGACAGUGGAGUUCCUCUAUGAAGAGAAUGGAGGUAUGCCACGAGAUCUACACUUGCCUACCAUAGAUGACAUAAAGGAAGAGCUUGCCAAGUUCUCCAUAGAAAGAGUUCAUAGAGGCACAACUGUGGUGAUAAAGAAACCUGAAGAUGGUUUAUCAGGACAGAUAUUACCCAAGUGGGCCAUACGGGGUAUGCUGAAGACACUGGGGCUAACUGGAGUGGUUCUGGAUGUGGAUCAGCCCAAUGAAUUGGUGCAAGUGGAGACCUAUUUAAGGAGUGAGGGUGUCCUGGUCAGGUUCUGGUACCCUCUGUCCAUACUGGAGAGACCUCCACAGGGGUUUAGGAAGACCAGCAUUGUGGGACAACAACCUCUGGAUACAUCUAAUAUACUCAUACACAGAGAACUCUUGAGAGUGGAAGCUCAGCUCACCAGAGCCUACUGCCGUGCUGCACUACUGGAACUGAUAAACCAGUGUAACAGCACAGCCAUGGAGGCACUGUCCUGCACUACCAGUCUAUCAGGCAUGGCAGCCAGUGCAGCUGUGUUACAGGAACUGGACGUGGAGAACCUACAGCUGCUGUCUAAUGAACUGCUCUCACCCCCUCAGGCACAUGGCUGUAUUGUGGCCACCUCCCUGCUGACCUCCACCUCCCCUAGGCAGUGCCUGUCAGCUAACACAUGUGCUCUGUCAGAUGUAUUCUACCAUAAUCCAAUGAAGCUGAAGGAAGAACUGAAGAUUGCCAUAUCCAGAGCAGCAAGCCAAGGGGAAGACUACCUGAUAGAAUUGACUAAUCAGUUGUGUGUUUGUUUACAGAUCUCUCCAGAGAUGUUUCCAGUGGAAGAGUUUUUGGUGACAGAGGUGAAGACAAGCACAGAUGUCUACUUUCCAGGUGCCUCGUUCUUGGUCAUAUCAUGCAAGAGAGAUCCAAAAGUCUCUAAGAAAGAGAGUUCUCCCUACAAGUCACCAUGGGCCAGAAUCUUCACAUACACUGGACACCGCAUCAAGAAGAAUGGACAGUCCAUCAAGCAGGAGGUGAUCUCCUACCCUAGGGACACCACCUCCACCAGUAACACCAAUGACCAGUAUGCUCCAGUCAUUAUCUCUGCAGACAGGGUCCAUGUUAGAGUGGGUGUGUCUCCUCCCCCUGGCGUCAUCCUCACCAUCCAUGCACUCCCACCACAGUUCCCACUGUCCAUGGCCUACAUGGAGACCCUACUGUCACAGAGGAAGACUGGAGGAGGCGGAGGAUCCACUUCGAGAGGAGAAGUCAAAGACACCAGUAAAGAGACUGAUGGUAGUCUCUCUAAGUGGAAUUUUGAGGAAGUUAGCAUCACACCGUGUGCUUUGCAAAAUGUUAUAGAACUUCUGGGGAGUUACUUGCUGAGGACUGACAUCCCAGCUGUGAUCAAAGAGAGCAUUUUCCACAUCCUGGCCCAGGCCUUAAGGGUGUGGAGACAGAGCCAUGAAGAAGAGGUAGAACCCAUAUUGUUUCCAGUCAAGACAAACCUUAGUGGAUCCCUGGGGGCUUUGUUACAGCUCCAGACUGAACUCAAGAAAGUGUAUGAGGAGGAGAGUGCCUCCUUCCCUACUGGUACCACAGCCAGUGGUGCAGGCAUGGGGUUAGGGAUUGGGGACCAAGGCAGAUUCACCACAUAUUUCCAGGCUCUUCUUGAAGCUUGCUUGGCCAUAGCAGAGGUCAGUUCUCCCACAGUUGGGCCACUUGAUCCUGCGGCUAGUAAAAGCCUGACUUCACCUCCAAGUAAGGCCAAGUCAGCUGCUCCUCCAAGUCCAAUGUCUAGCAGUAAGAGGAAGAAGCUGAAAGCUAAACGUGACAGGGACAGAGAAAGAGCAGGAGCCCGUUUUGCAAGCAGCCCUAGGACGAGUGAGAGUGACAGUGGUUUACCUCUUUCUCCUGCUGCUAGUGAAACUCCGAGCUCCAGCGAGACCUCUGUGAGCCCAGCCUCAAGUAGCACAAGUGUGGGUACUACCACCAGCACUAGCAACAGUAGUAUGAAUAAACCAGAGGAUAUGCUUUGGUUCCACAGAGCUCUCACCAUGUCACAGAUCCUUAGACACCUUACAAGUGGAGAAAAGCAGGGAGAGGUGGUCACAAGUGAUGCUGUGGCUGAUGCCUUCAAUACUCUCAUCAAUCCAUCAGCUCACUCUCGACUCAUGGUUAUAGCUGGUAUACCUUCCAGUCUGGACACGGGCCUAGCUUUCCAAACAAUUCUCAAAAUCUGCAAUGUGAAUGGUGGGCUGUUCAAGAAUGAGAUAUUAUUACCAGUUAAAGAGAUCCUGAUAAACCAGGAAACAGAGGAUGGAAAAAAGAAUGCAGACCAAGGUAGCAGUAAGUCAGCUGCAGCACAACCUGGUGGUGCUGGUACUGCAGGAGUUGAGGGCACUAGCACCAAAACACAGAGUGAGAAAGAUGAAGUUCCAAGUACAACAGAACCCACAGAGGUGUUAAAAGCCAAAACUUUAAAGGGAUAUGCUGUUGUAGAAUUGCGAUCCAAAGCCAAAUUUGAGAGUGUCAGGAAGGCUAUAUAUAAAAACAAAGUAUUCCUUCAGGUUUUGAAUUUCGACCCUGAUGAUAUGGUUGACAUGCCAGAGGAUUUGCUGUCUAUAUCUCCAGUGAAUCAAAGUUUGUUUGCUGAUCCCCAGGGCAAUGAUGCUUUGGAUGAGUACUUUCAAAGCAAGUUGGUAACAGGACAGGACCUCACAGAUGGUGCUAUAGGGGCUCUGACAGAUAUCUACCACAGCUGUUAUAUAGCUGUACAAAAACUGAGCCCAGAAGAAACCAAGACUGAGUCAGGUUUUAUUUGUUUGACCAAGGACCAGAUUAUGAUGCAGACCCCUGGUAACCUCCUGCAUCCAUUUUUUACCAAUGUAAGGCCUCCAAAGAAGUCACUGUCAGAGCAGGUGACAUAUGCAUUGAGGCAUUAUGGGAUGUUCAAAAUGGUGGACAAAGAAGAGCCUAGCAUACCUCCAGAGAAAGGCAAAGGAAAAACAGGAAGAAGAAGCUCAAAGACCUCCAAAGAAAAGCUGGCAAUGGGAACCACUAGCAGUGGGAAAACAAGUCCAAGAGAGAAAAAGAAAGCCAAAGAAGCUUCAGAGAAACCCAGCAAGGAGGAAGGUACUCCAGAAAGCUCAUCAAAACAAACCAAGGAGGCACCCAAAGAUGAAGACAAGCUGUUGACAUUAAAUGGAUUUCUACAGUUUGUGCUGGAAAAAUCUAGACAAGAUGCCAGAUCAGUGUGCAAAUCACUCCUAUCUUGUGGUUAUGAUCUUCACUUUGAGAGGUGUUCUUGUAUCGACCUUGUCCAGGCCGAUCAGAUGUCCAAGGAGUGGACUCUGGACAUGGACUUUGCUUUAGUUCAACAUGUGAACAAUCUUUGUUGGCACUUAGCUGUGGCUCCUUCUAGGCUGCAUCCACAUGAAAUCUAUCUCUCUGAGGAAGAUCUCAGCAAUGCAUCCUAUUCAUGCUUGCAAGGGAUACCAUUAGAAAGCAUCAGACUCAGAUUUGCCUUGCUGCAAUCCUUAAACAACAGUCUGGAAACAUUUUUCCUGCCCUUGGUUGACCUUCGACCUCACAAAAGUUAUAGCUGCAGCACCGCAGCACUUCUCACAAAAGCCAGAGGACUAGUAUUUCAUGAUACCAAGAUGACUUUCCUAAACAGAGUACUCAAUGUAACAGCCAAGAGGAAGCCAGACCAAGCUGCUCCAGAGAUUAUUUUAGACCCUCUUGAAAAUGUCGGGGGAGAGAGAAGAGAUGUAUACCAGUACCAGCUAUGCCAAGCCUUCCGUCAGCUGUCUCAGGUACUGUCCACCCAGCUCUGUGUGAGGAUAGCUGCUGGGGGAGACCCUACAUAUGCUUUCAAUGUCAAGUUCACUGGGGAGGAAGUCCAUGGCACAAGUGGCUCAUUCCGCCACUUCUUGUGUCAGGUAGCCAGAGAGUUAGAGACUCCAGCCUUGCAAAUGUUGAUGCUCUGUCCCAGUACAGCUGGGAGCAGGAACAAAGGCAAAUACAUCAUGUCUCCUGGAGGCAUGUCAUAUCCUAUGGAGAAACUGCUGGAGUUUGUGGGACAGUUGUUUGGCAUCACUAUAAGAGCAGACAUCCCUCUGGGUUUGGACUUAUUGUCAGUGUUUUGGAAGAACUUGGUGGCCAUUCCUUUGGACCCUGCCACAGACUUGCAGGAGGCAGAUAUACUCACUUACAACUACAUCAAGAAGUUUGACACUGUUGAAAGCGAUUCUGAGCUUCAAGUUCUGUUUGCUGAGACCUAUCCCAGGUUGACAUAUACAUCUCUCAGUGGAGAUGAAGAAGAAUUGAUUCCCAAUGGAAGGAACACCUUUGUCACCUGGGAUAACAGACAUCAGUAUGUGGAUGCUAUCAGACAGUACAGGAUGAAAGAGCUGUCCUGUGAGUCCAAAGUGACAGCCUUCACAGCAGGGUUGGCAUCCAUUGUCCCAGUCCAGCUGCUGUCCAUCAUGACACCACAUGAUAUGGAAGUCAGAACUUGUGGGCUGCCUUUUGUGGACUUGGACUUUUUAAAGGCACACACAAUGUAUCAGGUUGGUUUAAUGGAGUCAGACCCACACAUAGAAUAUUUCUGGGCAGCCCUGGAAAGUUUCAGCCAAGAUGAACUGGGCAAGUUUGUAAGGUUUUCCUGCAAUCAGGAACGUAUUCCAAUGACCUGUCCCUGCAGGGAAGGCACCAAUGACUCUGUGCAUGUGCCACCAUACCCCAUGAAAAUAGCUCCACCAGAUGGACCAGGUACACCAGAUUCCAGACACAUCAGGGUAGAGACCUGUAUGUUCAUGAUAAAGCUGCCUCAGUAUUCCUCUUACCAGAUCACAAGACAGAGACUGCUCUAUGCCAUCAACUGUAGAGAAGACCCACUUAGUGGAUAAGAGACCUCGACCUGGAGAGUUUACUAGUACCAUAAAAUGUAUGAAAUACAUUGAAAUGCACAGGGUGACAUGCUUUAAUGUAAUCAAUUCUGUUAUCAGAUGUAUGUAAGAAAAGUGUUGUAGUAUUGUAAACACAAUGCUCAGUGUAUGGAAGUUAAUUCUCUUGUAAGGUUUAUUGUUACCGUUAUUAAAUUUUCAAAAUUAUCCUUGUGAUAAUAGAAAUUAGGCUAUGCUCUCAUUGUAAUAUGUGUGUUAUUUUCUAAGUUAAUCACACAAGACAAGUUGAUGUAGAAAUGAUGCCAGAAUCAUGCUUAUUUUUUCAUAUGAGACAAAUAUUUGUAAUUGAUUUAAAGAAGAAAUUGCUAGGGUGAUGGGAUGCUCUCUUAUUAACAUGUAUUUUCCUUUUUUCCUGCUGUUGUCUUUCUAUUAGCACAUCCCAGUUAGAAAUGUGGCAUCAAUCUACAAGUUAGUAUUGAGAUGUGAAUCUAAUGCGCUGUCAUAGGAUACUCCAAGAAUAUUAAAAUGCCAGAUUUUAAUUUAUCUUUAUGUACAAAAAGGAAAGGGAUAAAACUCCAAAAUAAUUUAAGUUCCCAGGUUAUUAAUCAGAGCUUUUGAGCAAUGUUGGACUCAAAUAUAACGCUUUAUUACAUUGUACGUCAUAAAGUACUAGUAGGUGUAUACAUGUAUGUACAUGUAUCUCUGCUCAAGUAGAAGAGUAGGAUUUCACUUAAGUUAUUUAAAUUGUAUGUAGUGUUAGCUAAUUGCACUUGGAAAUGUGGAGCUUCAAACAGCUACUGGUAGUUUUCAAUGAACAUUUGGUAAAUGAUCGUAAAGGACAAGGUUGACAUGGCGUUUUGCAGCUGUAUGGGCUAGUAUUUUACCAAGUUGUAUAUUUUCAGCAAGAUAAUUUUAGGUAUAUAGUUAUUUGAAAGAUAGCUAAUUGAGCAUACCAGAUGCGUAUCUAAGACUUUGACCCAUAAAGAGCUUAACAAUGGUGUAAUAUUUGAUUUUGUUCUGAUAUCUCUAGCACGUCACUUGUUAUAUAAUGUAGUUGACAGGUCAAUUAGCUGACCAUUUAUAACAGCUCUAAAAGGCCAGUUUGUAAGUUGUUACUAGAUCCAAGUAUCUAAUGUAUAGGUGAAAUCUUGAAAUAUUUGCAUGCGUGUAAAGGUGUGAUAGUAUUUAAGGUAAAGUUGCACUUUGUUGGUUACUUUGCAAAUGCAUUUUAGGUGAGUUAUUGUUCAUUGCGGUGUGAAUGAUAUGGUGAUAUGAGACAAUGCACAGUGUAUAUAUAACAGAUUAUUGAUGGUAUAUUUGUGUAUGCUACAAGGAUAGUUGACGGGUUGCCUGGAUACUUUAUUUGCCUCAUUGUAUUUGGUUGUGAAUUCCACCCUAGAUGCUACAUUCUAAAUGUAUCAGAUGUGGAUUUAAAACGAUGGAACCACAUGUAUUUGUAGGAGAAUGAAGCAUUACAGGAAUAAGUGGUGACUUUGUCUUUUUGGUGAAUGAUAGUUGCACUUUAUUUAAUCAACAGUUGUUAAAAAUAUAUUGCCCUAAUACAUAGAAUUGAAAAAGGAGGUUGGUGGUAGCUAAAGCUGAACAAUGCUGAUGAAUUUUAUUUCACAAAAUAAGUUCAUGUUAGUAACACCCACCAUGAGUGUCCGAAAUAACUGGUCUCAACUAUCAGUAUAUCAGCUGUUAUUUCCAGCUACUGGAUAUGGCAGAAGCAUACUGAUAGCCUUAGUAAGUUAACUUCUAGUGGUCUCUGAAACUACCUCAGAGGCCUCUGAAUCUGUUACCUGAAAAAGAUGGCAUGUUUCAGAUUGAGUGUUGAGAUCAAAAUGAUAUAUUGAAAUAUCUUGAAGAAAUAAA